AGGCCUGGUGGCCGGCGUGGACUGGCGUGAGCAGCGGCUCCUUUAAGCCCCCGGCCCCGCCCCCCGCCCCGUCCUCGGCGUGGCCCGGGUCUGGCCGCGGAGGGGUCGGGUCCGCGGGACCGCGAUGGAGCUGCACAUCCUAGAGCACCGCGUGCGGGUGCUGAGCCUCGCCCGCUCCGGCCUCUGGCUCUACACCCACCCGCUCAUCAAGCUGCUCUUCCUGCCCCGCCGAAGCCGGUGCAAGUUCUUCAGCCUGACGGAGACUCCCGAGGAUUACACGCUCAUGGUGGACGAGGAGGGCUUCAAAGAGCUGCCCCCCUCGGAGUUCCUGCAAGUGGCUGAGGCCACCUGGCUGGUGCUGAACGUGUCGUCCCACAGCGGAGCCGCGGUGCAAGCUGCGGGGGUCACGAAGAUUGCCCGCUCGGUCAUCGCGCCGCUGGCCGAGCACCACGUGUCUGUGCUGAUGCUGUCCACCUACCAGACGGACUUCAUCCUGGUGCGGGAGCAGGACCUGUCCGUGGUGAUCCACACACUGGCCCAGGAGUUCGACAUUUACCGAGAGGUGGGCGGGGAGCCCGUGCCUGUUGCCAGGGACGAUUCCAGCAAUGGCUGUCCCCGUGCUCAGCAUGCAGGGCCCAACCCCACGGUGCAUCCUAUCCAGAGUCCACAGAACCGCUUUUGUGUCCUCACGCUGGACCCUGAAACACUGCCCGCCAUCGCCACCACCCUCAUCGACGUCCUCUUCUACUCCCACAGUGCCCCCAAAGAGGCAGCCCCUGGCGAGCCGGGACCCAGCUCCAUCACGUUCUUUGCCUUCUCCCUCAUCGAGGGCUACAUCUCCAUCGUCAUGGAUGCGGAGACACAGAAAAAGUUCCCCAGUGACCUGCUGCUGACCAGCUCCUCGGGGGAGCUGUGGAGGAUGGUGCGCAUUGGAGGACAGCCCCUGGGCUUCGAUGAAUGUGGGAUCGUGGCCCAGAUCGCGGGUCCCCUGGCCGCGGCCGACAUCUCUGCCUACUACAUCAGCACCUUCAACUUCGACCACGCCCUGGUGCCCGAGGACGGCAUCGACAGCGUCAUCGAAGUCCUCCAGCGGCGGCAGGAGGGCCUGGGCUCCUGAGGCCACAGGGGAGCUGCAGCCUCUGCGCUCGCCCCUCACCCCCAGGCUUCCAGAGACUUCUCUAAGCUAUUUCCCAAGCUCUGGUUCAUUUUCCAGGAAACUGUGAACAUCUGCAGUGAGCGGAAGACCAGCUUUGCGCUUCCGAACAAUCACCAUAAAGGAAGACGUCAGCGUCUUUGACACCGAGGCUUCCCCAAAAAGCGGUCAUGUGCUUCGGGAUGUCGAUUGUGCAACCAUCGCCGCGACCUCAUUCAAACACAUUUCAUCACCCCAAAGAAACCCUGCCCAUCGGCCACCGCCCCUCAUCCCCAGACGCCCCCCAACCCCAGCCCUGGGGAACCACGUCUGUCUCUAUGGACGGUUCAUAGAGAGGGAACCCUACAAUCCGUGGCCUUUGUGACUGGCCACGCUCACGUGGCAUAAUGUCUCCAGGGCUCGCCCGCAGUUCCUCUCCGUGGCUGAGCGAUAUUCCAUUGUAUGGAGAGACCGCAGUUUUUAAAUCCAUUUCUGUUGGUGGUCACUGGGGCUGCGUCCACGCUGGGGCUGUUGUGAAUAAAUGCUGCUCUGAGCAUGUG